AUGACCUUCGAACUUAUCAAGCUUCCAAACAAAGUUACGAAUUAUUUUCAGCAUGCGGAUACUGACAAACACCGCUCUACAAUAUCUGAGAUCUUCGUGACCAGAGUCGAAGUUGUUACGUACCGCGCAACGUCGAGCAGAGAGUUGCUGAUGCAAGAACUAAGCUCACUAACUCCUCCUUCCAACGACCGACCUCGGCAAGGUCGUCGAAUACGAGGUGGGAUUCGACUAGCAUCUGGAAGCAUGUUGAUUGGCAGUGCUGCUGGCACUAUCUUCCUUAAGAGGAGAUUGACCCCGCCGGAAGAUGAAGAUCGGUAUUCGAGAGUCCUCCCUACAGGGGAGAUCGAGUUGUCCUAA